AUGUCGUCUUUUCUAAAAGACAUACAGAAUCGGUCCAAGAGUUUUCGAUCAGAAAAGUCACGAUCCGCAAACAACGCAACCAAGGCUAAUGGCAGACCUCAAAAUGGCAAUGUCUCAGCACCGCCGAAGCUGCUCUAUAACAAUCAUUCUACGUCUACACUGAACUCCGCAUACGGUGGUACAUCCACCCCGCCAAGUACAGUGCCAUCCGAGGAUUCAUCGUUCAACCUCAAGCUCAACAGCAAUGGCAGUGGGGUGCCGAUUGUACCAUCGAGACCGCAAAUACCAAGCAAGAGAUAUAGCAUCAAUGUGAGUGACAGACACCUACCGAGCCAUGGCUCCUUUACGUUACCUUUCGAAAGUGUAAGAAGCCCUACUACUACAUCUCCAUUUGCGCCGCGCGUGACGUCCAUAACAAGUAAUAGCUGGGUCAACCAAAAGAUUUUACUCGUUUCAGGGCAUAUCGGCGACCCACCUUCGAGACCCCUGGAUGGCACAGUCGUAGUCAACCAUCACAACGACUCUACUGCGCCUACUUCCUGGCAGGUAUGUGAAUCACAGUUCAAAUCACUUGUGUAUUUGCAGCCUGGGCCUAACAGGCUUCGAUUCGACUUUUAUUCUCCCAAGAUCCCUCAGAGCAACACGUCCACUCCUGUGCAUUCCAGCUUCAUCAACAUCAACUAUCUUCCACUCACAUCCUCACCACCUCUCCAACUAGCUAUAAUUGUCGGAAAGGACUCACCGUUCACAUACGAUGCGGUGCCUGAACGCGUUGCGAAAGAGGGCAAUGGGAUAUAUACGGCGGUUCGCAAAUACAAGAUGGCAGCAUACCUAUGGCAAGCUUUCACUGGCGAACAAAUGAAUAGAAAUGGGUUUGGGAGGAGAUGCUUCCGAUUUGAAGAGGAGUGGCAACAAGGCUCCCUCUCGGGUCAAGACUGGAAAUCACACAUCAUGCGCAGUGAAGCGAAAGUGCACGUCAUAAGGUCAGGAAAGACUGUAGCUGAAAUAAGAGAUCUUGAUAUUGCGCAGCAGUAUGACGGCGCAAAGAACAAGGGUGACUUAUACGGGAUUGCCGCCGACGCGAUACGAGCUUAUUUCAGCAUCCCGAAUGGCCAGACGCAAUACGUUGCAGCCAUGUUCCUUGACUCGCAUUGGGACAAAGAAGUUCAAACUAUCCGCGGUCAUGCUGCUCUUGGGGGAAGUGUCGGCAAUCUUCAGCUUGCCAUUUUCGGAUCACACGCUCUCCAAAGCUACCCUGCAUGUCUGGAAGAAGUAGGAACUGCUUUCUCCGACUGUACAAAGACGGAUACAAAUUACGUUGCAAACGACUGCAACGAGGCCGGGAGUAACUGGGAGUCGGCUAAUGUUGGUAUCGGAGCUCACAUGCACGAGGUUGGGCAUUUAUUCGGCUGUCCUCAUCAGGAAACCGGCGUUAUGCUUAGGGAAUAUACCAAGCUCAAUCGUACCUUUACCUGCAGGGAGCCAUACUCAACAAGGACCAACUCGCGCGGCCAAAUCUGCUCCCAGCAGGACGAAUGUGGAUGGCACAGACUAGACUGUCUUCGGUUUCGGUUCCACCCUUGUUUCAGACAUGAGAGCGAUCAGCCACUCAGGGAAGAUGGAAGCAUACAAGUUUGGUCAGGAGACAGCAUUGUCAUGGUCACAGCUUCGACUGGCAUUACCUUCAUCGAGAUCUACACCGAGGGUGACGAUGUAUGCAAGCACUGGAUUGACUAUGUGGGACCGCGUAUAGAUGGAGCAUCGAGAGAUGGACUGCCACGGCAGUUGUCCUUGACAGAAGCAGAUCUUCGUAAUCUUCUACCGGAGUAUUUGCGGAAAAGGAAGCUGAAACUCGCCAUGUAUUCAGCUGGUCAGUGCAAGCAUAUCAUCGAGGAUUUCAGUGUGUUACUGAACCCAAAGACGUCUCGAAUCAAGCUUUGGGAUGGUCGUUACGGAUAUAGAGGCGGUAAGCUAGGGUACUCUCAAAUGGAAGGGUCUGAGCCGCACGAGGUGAUACUGGAUAGUGCUAUGGUACAGACUAAGCUCAUGACAGCUAUCCGUGUCUACUCUGGCUUUGCGGUCGACGGUAUAGAAUUUUUCUACGAAGACGGAGCCAGUCAGCUGUUCGGGAAGCGAGGGGGUAAACUUGGCGGGUCAGAUUUCCUUCUGGACACACGCAAAGGGGAGCUGCUACUAGGGUUCUAUAUGCGAACGGGACUUUGGAUCGACGCGAUCCAGAUUCUCACCAGUCUUGGAAGGAAGAGCGAAGUGUUCGGGCGACCUGAUGGCGGUAGUGGGCAGUUACUGAUUCCACCUCGAUCAUACAACAUCGUCGGGAUCUCUGGAUCUUGCGGGCAGUGGCUUGAUGGGUUUCAAGUCAUCAUCGCUCGUUGA